AUGGAGUCGCCGGGAACGCCCGCCGUGCCAGAGACUGCUGCUAAGAAGCGCAGAAGACCACUUAACGCCUGCGCUACUUGCCGUGCGAGAAAGGUCAAGUGCGAUGAACGCCCAAACGGCUGUCUGAACUGCGAGAGGCUGCAGCUCGACUGUGUGCAGAAUGGCGGUGUUUCGACUGCCGCGAAGAGACCAAGCACGGCGUACGAGCCUGUUGUAGGCAUCAAGCGUAAACGGACAUUCCGAUCCUGCAUUCCUUGUCGAGACUCCAAAGUCAAGUGCUCCGGCGAACGACCGAACUGCAUAAGAUGCCAGCAGCGCAGAACCUCAUGUGUAUACGAUGCUGAGCAGGUGGAGCCAGCCUGGGUACAGAGCAUUGCGACUCCUGCAUCAGACACACACGCCGACUCCGUAAUGAUACCUCCACAUACUCCGCGGGAUUCCCGAGAACCUUCUAGGCUACUCGGCUCACUAUCGAGUAGCGAGCCUGCUGUAGCGGGGUGUCCUCCGGGCCUACUAUGGUUGUUUUCCCAGCAGCUACCACCCAGAAUCAAACUUCAUGCGUUGUUAGAUGCUUACUUCAACAACGUCCACCCAAUCCGCGUGUUCGCGUUCGAGCACAAGCCCUCGUUCAUUCGAAUGCUAGACGAAGGACAGCUCGUGGAUGCGUCCGAUCAAGCCCUCUUGCACAUAAUGUGUGCACUGGGUGCUCGAUUCUACGCUCUCGACUACAGUGAGUCGUUCUCGCCCUUGACCAAAGAUCUGAUCCAGUCAGCCGGAAGCCAGUGGGCUAAAGUCGCGGAAGAGAUGUUCUUCGCUGAUUACAGCACCAUCUCAAUCACCAAACUCAAGGUCUUGGUCUUGCUUCACGACCAAGAAGCUCGCAAUGGCAACUAUGCUGGGUCUUUUCUUCUUACCGGCCUUGUCAUCCGUAUGGCGCAUGCUUUACAGCUCAACAAUGAAGUGUCACCAGAUGUUCUUUGUAAGGAAUUAGGAGGAAGUCCAAAUGAGGUUUCUGUGCGAGAGUCUCGUAGAAGGCUCAUGUGGGCAUGCUAUAUGAUUGAUGUCUGGGCUGGUAGUGGCGUCGACCACCUCACUAUACUCAAUGAAAGAGACCUCAAGAUCCAGCUCCCUUGCAACGAGCGUCAGUUCUCACUACAGAUACCAUGCAUUACGGAGCGACUUGAGAGGGGUACGUUACUGGAGCUCAUGUCUCCAGAGGAUAUCCCAGAGAAACCAGCGGACAAUUUGGGUAUGGCUGCGUACUACGUGCGCAUCGUCAGUAUUUGGCGACGUGUUUUACGGUUUGUGAAGCACAUGGACGAGGAGCAACCGCCGUGGCUUCCAGAGUCAGGGUUCGCCGUCCUUAUCGAGGAUAUCCAGUCGUGGAAACAAAGUCUGCCAUCCUGGCUAGACUUCUCCGCGGACAACAUCUACAUUCGGCGCGAAACUCAUCAGCUAGGUGCCCUCCUCCUCAUCCACUGCAUGUACCAUCACGUUAUGUGCGACGUCCACAGGAUCGCUCUCCCUGACCUGUUCAAAAACCAGGAGCCGUUCGUCUUCCCUACUGAUCGACAGGCGUUCGUAAGUCAUCUGCAAGACGUCUGCUUUGAGCAUGCGCAGCGUAUGUCGGUUCUAGUCUCACACAUACUCCAACACGGUGUCAAACACUUUGCGGACUCUAUACUGCCGUCGUUCGUUUACAACAGUAGUCGCAUCAUGCUCUACUACAUCGCUCGGAUCCUGGACGUAUCAAAGCCCGACGCAGGAACUGUUAUUGGUCGUACAGUCGAGCUAGUGCAGUACAACAACCAGGCUUUGCGGGAGAUGGCGUUCAUGUACCCACUUGCUGAAUCGUUAUGUAUCACCUCCGAGCGCUGGUUGGAUACUGUACGCGACAGUCUGGCUCGUGGUCACUCUGCUGACUACAUUGCGCCUCAGGAUCCAUCAGAGAAUGAAGCGCGGCGCAUUGUCGGCGCGCCUGCGCCGAUGGCGGGCACUCCUAGGCAGCGAAACGCUGCCAUUUCGGUUAUCCCUCCCGUUGAGGAGAUACUCUCGGCAACUUCGCCUUCAACUCUUCGCACGGCUACUACUCGUUAUCCAUUCUCGGCGCCUACCACUGGUCAGGGCGCUUCUACUGUUACAUCAGGCCAGGCCAUGACAACACCAUCUGAGAAUGCGGUAGGACCAAUAUACUCUUCCCCCAGCGCGCCAGCUGCUUUCGAGCAGCCCAUGUUCAACCUGGACGACCUCCAGAAUUUCUUCGGAUGGGAAGCAAGUGAUGAUGAGAACGUGCAGUCUACUGGGUUCGAGGGCUUUGGUCCGCUGGGCUGGGCAAAUAAUUUCUCCAUCAUGUAA